UGUGGCUGUGUCGUGUGUUUUGCUCUCCUAAUUUUGUUGUACCGUUUCGUUUUUUCUCUUUGCUGUCAUUUAAAUUUGUAAACGAAUACGAAAACGAAUAAAUCACACAAGCACAAUACGUGAGUGAGAGCAGCUGAGCGAGCAGUGCAAGAAAGCGAAGAGAACGCGAAGCAAAGAGGAAGAGAGGAAAGAGAAAGGAAAUGUACGCUGCCGUGAAGCCGCUCUCCAAAUACCUGCGCCUGAAGACGGUGCGCAUAUACGAUCCAAUAUUCACGCUGCACUCCAAGUGCACCAUUGUCAUACUGUUGACCUGCACAUUCCUGCUGUCGGCUAAGCAGUAUUUCGGAGAGCCCAUACUCUGUCUGAGUGCGACAAAGCAUACGGAAUAUGUGCAAUCCUAUUGCUGGACCAUGGGCACCUAUAUACUACCACUUGAGAAUGACAGCAUCGAUGCGAGCAAACCGUUGCCCGAUAUAUCCAGCAUGGAGCACGAUCCGCCACGACAAUUGGCUCUCAAUAGGAGCACGAUGCGUGCUCUUCUCGCCAAUAACGAGCAGUACGCGAGGAUUAUCUCGAUUGCCGAGGGAGUUGGACCCGAAACACGAGGCGUUACGAAGCGCAUGUAUUUGCGCUAUUAUCAAUGGGUCUUUAUGGUAUUGCUCUUUCAGUCGCUGCUCUUCUACUUUCCAUCGUAUCUGUGGAAGGUCUGGGAGGGUCAGCGCAUGGAGCAACUGUGCUGUGAGGUCGGAGAUGCCCUCAUCCUCGAGGAGACCUAUCGAAUGCGCCUACGCAUGCUCACCAAAUACUUCCGGGCUCGAUUCUCCGCCAUUCAUUGUUGCUAUGCCCUCAAGUAUGCGUUCUGUGAGCUGCUCAAUCUGGUUAUAAGCAUAUUUAACUUUUGGCUGAUGGACAUCAUUUUUAACGGCUUCUGGCACAAAUACAUUCACGCACUGGCGGCGAUUCCAGUCUACGAUUGGAAUCUUUGGAAUCUGAUGACGUCACGCGUUUUUCCCAAGGUCGCCAAGUGUGAGAUGUUCUUUUAUGGACCAAGUGGUACACCCAACAUAUUGGAUAUACUCUGUGUACUGCCGUUGAACAUAUUGAAUGAGAAACUGUUUGCGGUGCUCUAUGUGUGGUUUCUAUUUAUCGCAAUGCUGGCAGCGAUUAAUAUACUCUAUCGAUUGUUGCUCGUCUGCUGCCCGGAGUUGCGCCUCCAAUUGUUGCGCACCCAUUUGAGGGGCAUGCCCAAGUCGAGUGUGCGUCAGGUGUUAUCGAAUGCCGGCUAUGGCGAUUGGUUUGUCCUCAUGAGUGUCAGCAUCAAUGUGAAUCCGACACUAUUUCGUGAACUACUCGAGCAGCUCUAUGCUGAACUAGCGGCAGCUGGUUCCCAUGCGGAGACCUUGCAUUGUGGUCAGGAUCAUGAUGCGGAUGCGGAUGGAGAUAUUAAUAGUGAUAACACAUCCAGCACAUCCUCUGAGGCAUCUUUAACAAAUGCGGCAGCUGUGCCCCAAUCUCUCCAUCUCUCACACAAUCAUUACUUCAAUAAUGAGAGUCAUGCCUAGCAUCAAAUCACGAAUCCCAUACCCACUCUGGAGGGAGUAGUUCUUAAGUCUUGAGAUCCUCUUCAUGUAAUAUCAUAUUAUUUAAAUAUUAUUAUUUUUGGUUUAUUUGCCAAGUGCAAGAACAAGACAAACACCAAAAGCAUCGAAAGGCAAAUAAAUGCGAUAAUCAAAAUGGCAAA